CUGCUUCCGGUAUGUGUGUGUGACGUCACAGCCCCGCGCCACCUUCCCUUUAAAUAUGAAGCCUCAUGCUUACUUUGUUCAUUCUGGUCAAAUCUGAGCGUUUGGGGAUUUUAACGUUAACAUACAGUCUUUAAAAUCCGUCUUUAAAGUGAAUCAUGCCUUCAGUGCCUUCUACUACGGAGAAUGAUAUCUCCAAACCUUCCUGUCCCUUUGCUGGCAGAAAGACCACCAGCAGUAGUGAUGGACUUUUCCAGAAAAAUGGGAACGAAAGCACUGAGAGUGUCAUCGAGAGAUGGAUCCGUCCUGACCUUCCCAGCAAGUGCACAUGGAGCCUGGAAGCAGCACAAACUGACUCCCCACACAAACAUGCACUCAGGAUGGAUACUCCAAACAUCUUACCCAACAUCCUCAAAAAAAUUGGGGAUACACCAAUGGUGCGCAUCAACAAGAUCAACAAGAUGUACGACCUCAAGUGUGAGCUGUUGGCAAAGUGUGAGUUCUUCAAUGCCGGUGGCAGUGUUAAAGACAGGAUCAGUCUACGCAUGGUUGAGGAUGCAGAGAGUGCAGGAAUUCUUAAACCUGGAGAUACCAUCAUAGAGCCUACUUCUGGAAAUACUGGUAUUGGCUUAGCUCUGGCUGCUGCUGUGAAGGGCUACCGCUGCAUCAUUGUCAUGCCUGAAAAAAUGAGUAUGGAAAAGGUGGACGUGUUGAGAGCACUCGGCGCAGAGAUAGUCCGCACACCUACCAGCGCCCGUUUUGAUUCCCCAGAGUCCCAUGUUGGUGUUGCUUGGCGCCUGAAGAACGAAAUCCCCAAUUCUCACAUUCUGGACCAGUACCGUAAUCCCAGCAACCCCCUGGCUCAUUAUGACACCACGGCUGAGGAGAUCCUAGAGCAGUGUGACGGAAAAGUGGAUAUGCUGGUAGCAGGAGCUGGCACUGGAGGAACCAUCACUGGUGUAGCCCGCAAACUGAAGGAGAAAUGUCCCAACAUUAAGAUAAUUGCUGUGGACCCAGAGGGAUCCAUUCUUGCUGAACCAGAGGAGCUGAACCAGACAGAUAAGACGCAGUAUGAGGUGGAGGGCAUUGGAUAUGACUUCAUUCCUACUGUACUUGACAGAUCUGUGGUGGACAGCUGGUACAAGUCCAACGAUGAAGAGUCAUUUGCUAUGUCUCGUAUGCUUAUAAGAGACGAAGGUCUACUUUGCGGUGGCAGUUCAGGCACGGCCAUGGCAGCGGCAGUGAAGAUGGCUAAAGAGCUGAAGGAAGGGCAGCGCUGUGUGGUCAUUCUUCCUGAUUCCAUCCGCAACUACAUGUCCAAGUUCCUGAGUGACAACUGGAUGUACCAAAAAGGUUUCCUCACUGCAGAAGACAGCAUGGUUAAGAAACCCUGGUGGUGGAAUCUCAGGUUGCAGAGUUUGAACCUUUCGGCUCCUCUCACUGUACUGCCCACAGUCACCUGUCAAAAAACCAUCAAGAUUCUGAAAGAAAAGGCAUUUGAUCAAGCACCUGUUGUAGAUGAGUCUGGGGUCAUACUUGGUAUGGUAACUCUGGGGAACAUGUUAGCCUCUGUGCUAGCUGGAAAGAUCAAACCAUCCGAUCCUGUCAGCAAAGUGCUCUACAAACAGUUCAAACAGAUUUGUCUAACUGAUAACCUCGGUAAACUCUCUCGGAUCCUGGAGACAGAUCACUUUGCCCUGGUGGUGCACGAGCAAAUUCAGUAUUUAACAGACGGUUCCACCAUAAUGAAGCACAUGGUGUUUGGAGUAGUGACGGCCAUUGACCUGCUCAACUUUGUUACAGCGCAUGAGAAAAGGGAGCGGUCAAUUUCUGAAUGCACAGAUGACCAGUGAGAAAUGAGCCAAAAAUACUGAGGCAUUUGUGGAACGUAUUUUAUGAACUGUGAAUGCUCAGAUGUUCUGCAGUGGUGGUUAUGUUACUUGUGAAAUUUUAAUGUACCAAAAUAUUUAAAAGAAUCUGAGAAAACUCCAGGAAAAUUUCUUGAGAGAAUUUUUGUGUCAAAUUAUUGCUCGUGUGAACAAUUGAACCAUAUUAGAAUAUAUCUUGAUACAGUAAAUUAAAAACAUUGGUCCUAAAACCUUUUUUUUCUAGAAAGAUUGUCUUUCUCUUAUUUGUGUUGUGUUGCAUCAUGAAUACUAUUAAAUGUUACUGUUCAUAAUAAGGCUGUAAUAUUGUGAAAAUAAGAAUUCUUAAGGUCUAGAGUUGUGCCUUCUUGCAGAAUCAGAUUUUAUCUCAUCUCAUUAAAAUUUAAUCUUUAUUCUUUGCAAAGAAAUAUCUGAGUUUCACACUAGAUGGCGAUGUACUUUUUAUUAGGGUUUUUUUUUUUUUUUUUUUUUAAAUGGCUUAAGAAAAAAAAACUUAAACUGUUUAAGACUGUCUGGAGUUUGAUGCUUGGUUGAGACAGCACCAGCACAUAUAAAUUGAGGUAACUGUAAGACACUCAAUGUGCUAAUAAAAAAAGAAGCAAAUAUAAA